AAUCUCCAUACUUCUUGUCAUAAUUUUUAUUACUUUCAGAAACAUGCAUGGACAAAAUUCCAACAUGACAGAAGAGAAAAACUGAACCUACCCCCAUAUUCUUAAUUCUUAAAGAACACACAAAAGUUCUUUCAAAGUCUCUCUCAUUUUCAGUGCAAUGAUCUCAAUGCAUAUAUAAUACAUUCUUUCAGAAGUCAGACCCUCCAUCAUCCACCAGAAAUCAAAUUCUCUUCAUUUUUAGCCAUUUUUUCAUCCAUCUUAGUACUGCAGAAUGCAAGAUUUUCAGCUGUAAUAUCUCUGAAACCAUAACCUCCUAAAAUGGACAUCAUUAAAAUGUCUCAUUUAACUAUUCUUUUCUGUUUCAUCUUCAGUAUUUUCCUUAGUCACACCUCAGCUGAGAAUUCAAGUGAUUCUUAUUGGCUAUUAAGGAUCAAAUCGAGUUUCAUUGAUCCUGAUAAUACUCUCAGUAACUGGUCUUCUUCAACAAGUAUAUGCAGCUGGAAUGGAAUUACAUGUUCACUUGAUCAAGUUCAUGUUAUAGGCAUGAACCUUUCAAGUUCAGGGCUUUCUGGUGUUAUAUCACCUGAAUUUUCCCAUCUUUCUUCUCUUCAAACUCUCGACUUAUCAUCGAAUUCUCUCUCUGGACGUAUACCUGGUGAGCUCGGAAAGCUUCAGAAUCUAAGAGAGCUCCUCUUAUACUCUAACUCUCUUUCUGAUAAGAUCCCUCAUGAAGUUGGAUUUCUUCCCAAGUUGGAGAUUCUCAGAAUAGGGGACAACAUGCUUACUGGUGAGAUCCCUAAAAGUAUUGGCAACUUAACUGAACUGAAAGUUCUAGGCAUUUCUUAUUGCCUGUUGAAUGGAAGUAUUCCAUCAGAAAUAGGAAGUUUGAAGAAUCUGGAGACUCUCGAUUUGCAACAGAACGCUUUCGUGGGGGAAAUUCCAAGGGAGAUUGGUGAAUGUCAGAAACUGCAGGUUUUUUCUGCAGCCAACAAUAUGCUUCAAGAAGAUAUACCUACAUCAAUUGGUAAGCUUCAUUCAUUACAAGUCCUUAAUUUGGCCAACAACAGUUUCUCUGGUAUGAUUCCUACAGAAAUGGGAGAUUUGCAACAACUGAAGUACUUGAAUUUGCUGGGAAACAGAUUAAGUGGUGCAAUCCCUUCAGAAAUGAACCUGUUAAGUCAGCUAGAAAAGCUAGAUUUAUCAGGAAACAACUUAUCAGGAUCUCUUGAACUCUUCACUUCACAAAUGAAGAAUCUCGAGGUUAUUAUACUCUCGAAUAAUCACUUAUCUGGUAACAUUCCAGGAAGUUUCUGCAUGAAUAAUGGUUCAAGGUUACAGAUCCUUUCUAUUUCAGGAAAUGGUUUCUCAGGAAAAUUUCCCUUGGAGUUGUUGAGCUGUUUUUCUCUGCAACAACUAGACCUUUCUGACAACAAAUUCCAAGGAAAGAUACCGUCUGAGAUUGAUAAACUGGAACACCUCACCGAUCUUUAUCUUAACAACAACAGCUUCAGUGGGAAGCUACCACCUGAGAUUGGCAAUCUGAGUAACCUGGAAUUCCUUUCCUUGUAUGGAAAUGGGAUUACAGGAGAAAUUCCAGCAGAAAUAGGGAAGCUAAACAAGCUAAGUGUCAUCUACCUGUAUGAUAACCACAUGUCAGGUAACAUUCCAAACGAGUUGACAAACUGUACUAGCCUCACAGAGAUUGAUUUCUUUGGAAACCAUUUUUCUGGGUUGAUUCCUGAUUCAAUUGGAAAGCUUCAAAACCUGGUUUUGCUUCACUUGAGGCAAAAUGAGUUAUCUGGGAAAAUCCCUCCUUCCUUGGGUGACUGCAAAAAGCUUCAGAUGUUGGCUUUAGCAGACAACAGAUUAUCUGGGUCAAUCCCAUCAACAUUCAGUUCAUUGUCAGAGUUAAGUCUCAUUACCCUUUAUAAUAACUCUCUUGAAGGCCCUUUACCCGAAUCUCUUUUCCUUUUGAAGAAUCUCAAAAUCAUCAAUUUAUCUCAUAAUAAGUUAAAUGGAAGUAUUUUUCCAUUAACAGGUUCAACCUCUCUUACAGUAUUAGACUUGACUAAUAAUGGCUUCUUUGGUUCAAUUCCUUCAAGACUAGCCUUAUCCAAAAACCUGAUUCGUGUUCGCCUAGGAAGCAACUCACUUUCUGGUAACAUUCCUCUUGAGUUUUCCCUUCUUACAGAGCUGAUUUUCCUUGAUUUAUCUUUCAACAGUAUAUCAGGAGAGCUAGCUGUUAGUCUAUCCAACUCCACAAAACUUGAACAUCUUAUACUGAAUAAUAACCAGUUUUCGGGCCAUAUUCCUUCUUGGUUAGGGAACCUGAAAUGGUUAGGAGAGCUUGAUCUAUCUUCUAAUAACUUCAAUGGAACAAUACCGAAAGAGGUUGGAAAAUGCUCAACAUUACUCAAACUCUCUCUUCAUACCAACAAGUUGUCUGGCCAAAUACCACCAGAGUUAGGAACCCUGUCAUCUCUGAAUGUCCUCAAUUUGCAAGGCAACAACUUAUCAGGAACAAUUCCUUCAGAAAUCCAGCAUCUUGAAAAGCUGUUUGAGCUUAGACUCUCUGACAACUUCUUGACAGGUAAAAUACCUGUUGAGCUACAACAACUUACUGAACUUCAAGUGAUAUUAGACCUGAGUCAUAACCAGUUAUCAGGGGAGAUUCCUCAGUCACUUGGAAAUCUCAUGAAACUCGAGCGAUUAAACCUCUCAAAUAACAAUCUUCAAGGUAGAAUACCUUCCUCAUUAGGAAAACUCUCAAGCCUUCAUAGUCUCAAUCUUUCUCAUAACCUUCUCCAAGGAAAACUCCCAUCUUCAUUCUCAACCUUCCCACUUAGCGCCUUUGUGGGAAACAAGAGGCUAUGUGGGGCCCCAUUAGGGUCUUGCUCGAGCUCAUCGAAGAAACGGUUGCCUAAGGGUGAAGUUGUUAUGAUCAUAGUUGCUAUUGUUUUUACUUCGAGUGUUAUAUGUUUGGUAAUGAUUUAUAUCAUGCUAAGAAUAUGGACUGCUUGGAGAAAAGUUGCUGUUUCUAGCAAUGAUGGAUUUGGGAAUGAAAAUAAAGGACAAGAUCAAGAGAAGUGGGUGUGUUAUGGGGACGAGAAAAAGAAAGGCGGGUAUUGUAAAAUGAGCUCAAAAAAUAUGACUCCUUCGCCAGAUAAACAACUGUUUACUUCAGAAUCUGUGCUCAAGAAAUGAUCAUUCAUCAGUUUAAAUUCCUUAUUUUUUUUUUUGCUAUUUGUUUAGAGACUCGAGACGUACAGAUGUGUAAAUUUUAUCUUAAAUUUGGUGAGAAUUCAUAUGUUCUUUUUUUUAGAUUAUGUAUAGCCUUGAUCGUAACCAGAUCAUAGAGAUAAAUUAAUGUUAUGCAUUACAAAAAUGUCCAAGACAAGUACGGAGUACAGUGGUUCAUCAAAGUCUUCUUUUUUAUUCUUUGGAGAUAACAUAGUUUCCCACAUCGAUCUAUAGAAAAAGAAGC